CAGUCUUUGUUUCGAAUCGACAUCAUAAUGUGCUGUAGUUGCUGCGGAGUGACCCAACAAAAGAUCUGGGUCUUCGGACUGGGCACUCUAUUUGCCGUCUCCGGACUCCUGGCCAUAAUAUGCUGGCCCGGCUUUAUAGACACACAGAUCAUGAAGGCCCUGCCCCUGACACCCACUUCAAAGACCUUUGAGAAAUGGGAGGAGCUACCCAUUCCAGUCUAUGUCUACAUGUACCUUUGGAACUGGACAAAUGCCAACGAUGUCCAGGCCUACGGAGUGAAACCCAGUUUUGAGCAACUGGGUCCGUAUGUCUAUCGGGAGGAGAGAAAGAAAAUGGACUUGGAGUGGCAUGACAAUGGCACAGUGACCUUUAAUCCCAGAAGAACCUGGUUCUGGGAGGAGGAACUCUCGGGCGGCAAGCAAACGGAUUUAAUCACAGCUCCGCACUUGCCAUCACUGGCUGCCGCCAAUCAAAUGAGGGAUAGCAACUCCUUCCUCAAGUUCAUGUUCAACCAGGCUCUAAAUGCCAACGGAGGACACCUUUUCGUGACACACACGGCGGACGAGUGGCUCUUUAAAAGCUUCUACGACGAGUUCCUAGACUAUGCCAUGAACAAUCCCCUGGCUCCAGAGAUCGAGUCGAAUCACUUUGCUUGGUUCCUCAACCGAAACGGUUCAAAGGACUUUGAGGGACCCUUCACCGUACACACGGGCGUGGGUGACAUCAAGGAAAUGGGCGAAAUCAAGUACUGGAAGGGACAGAAUCAUACCGGCUGGUAUGAGGGCGAGUGCGGUCGCCUUAAUGGCAGCACCACCGAUCUCUUUGUACCCGAUGAGCCCAAGGAGAAGGCAUUAACCAUUUUCAUACCGGACACGUGUCGGAUCAUCAACCUGGAAUUCACCGGCGAAAGCGAGACCAUUCAAGGCAUUAAGGGUUGGAAAUAUGAGAUCACCCGGAAUACCUUUGACAAUGGUCAGGUGAAUGAGAACAUGAAGUGCUGGUGCCCGGUGGAGAGGCAACCAAAUGAUUGUCCUGCCACCGGUGCCACCGAUCUUGGACCAUGUGCCGAUGGUGUACCCAUGUACCUAUCCGCGGAUCACUUUAUGUAUGCGGAUGAGAGCUAUGCCAGUACCAUCAAUGGCUAUCAUCCCAACUAUGAUGAAAAUAACUUUUUCAUCAUCAUGGAGCGGAAAAUGGGUGUACCACUGAAGGUGAACGCCAAUGUAAUGAUCACUCUGUUUAUACAAGAGGACAAGGAUAUUGACAUUCUAAAGGGUCUGCCAAGUUUCUAUGCCCCAAUGUUUACCACAGCCAGUCGUGCUGAAAUUGAUGAGGCCCUGGCCUCGGAACUUAAGCUGGCUCUCAAUUUGCCUGCCAUUGGUAGAUACACUGGGGUGGGAUUACUUUGCCUCGGCUGCAUUCUUAUAGCCGUUGGCACCCUGCUCACGAUCAAAAGGAAAUGGUAUGGCCAACAGGAGGCAGAUCGACUGGCCCUCAAGGAUAAUGAGGAAACACCAAAUGAACCCGAUUCGGUGGUCGAUGAAAUCAAUCGGAAUUCGUGAAAUAAUAUUCCAUUCCUCACACAUAUAAGGAAGAAUUUUGUAAUCGUUGUGAUUUUCUGAGAACAAAGUGUGAUAAAUAUAUAUAAUAUUUAAUAUUUA